UGAUGACAAUCACACAUGCUAGUAGUGAAUGAGUUCAAGUAGUGCUGGAAUUGAAAUUCAUAGAAUAUAUUUUAUAAUAAACAUUUUUUCAGUAGUAGCGAAUAUUUAAAGUUGCUUACAAAGAUGGCAGAAGGUACGUAUGAAUACGAAUGUAUGAGGGCUGAGCUGCUAGGAGUCGAAAAACCGAAACGGGAAGAAUUCGAAGAAAAAAUGAAGCUCCAGAGGGAAGCCGAACAGGAAGAGCAUCUCACGGAACAGAUGAAGGAAGUUGAUUUACAUGAUGAACAAUUGCAUGGUACUGGCGGUAAAAUGGAUGAACUAAACAGUAUCCUUUCGAUCACUCAACAACGAAUAAACAAAUUUAAGAAUGUUUGUGGUAGUCUGACAAGCUUACUGAAGUUGCGACCCGGCACACCAAGUGGGGGAUGUUCAUCAAAUGACCCCACCAAUGGAACCGAAUCCAAUGACAUCAAUGCUGCUCUGGAUACGUUGGACACUAUGAAAGACGUCGAAAAUGCAAGUGAUGUAAAAAUUGCAAAAUCGGCUGCCACAGAUCUCGGACAAAAAAUGACCUGUCAACUGGACAAACUCGAUUCCUUGCUAUAUAAGGCGGAUAAUGCAACGUACUCUAUGAAAAACCAAACUGAUCAAAUGAAGAAAAUUGCAAAGUAAGCUCUAAUAUGCAGCCAAUUUUGCCAAACAAUACAAACAUUUACUCGUAAACUUUCUCAAGUGCUUAACUCUCUCUUUCAAAUUGGCUACCUUUGAAUAAAAAUGAGCCAAGCUUAUCAAAGUCUGCUUAUUGUUUACAAAAAAAAAACUUUAUUGAGGUAGCAUAGAAUGGAUUUAUCCUGUUCCGGAAAUCCGAAUUUCGCCAGAUGUUUACGUAGAUCAAAGUUCAUUUCAAUAUACAAACCAUCUAUCAUCGAUUUACUUUAUUAAAAUGCGGUCUUCCAAGCUAAACAAAGACAUUCAUUUGAGCACAAUAAAUUUACUGGUACAAUGGAAUUUGUGUAAACUCAGCAGAAAAAGAGUUAACCAGAGUCGUCAGUCAAGUGAUAUAACACCGAAUCAGUAUGUGAUAUUAGUUUGCACCACAUGUAUACAUGAUGUUGUAUGGAAUCAAAAAGCUAAAACAGAAACAGAUAAAAAGUACUUUUUUCCAGUUUUAUGUAGAUUCUUAUUAGUAAUGCUACGUGUUGUUGUUGAUGUUGUCUUUUGCCGCAUGUGAAAUAUUAUUAAACAUUACAACGAAUACUCGAAAACUAACAGUUGCAUAAU